CCAGGUCCUGAGGUCCCUGCACCCCCAAAGACAGCUGCUCAACUCAAAAAAGAGGCAAAGAAACGGGAGAAGCUAGAGAAAUUCCAACAAAAGCAGAAGAACCAACAGCAGCAGCCACCCCCUGGAGAGCAGAAGAAACCGAAACAAGAGAAGAAGGAGAAGCGGGAGCUUGGAGUCAUUACCUAUGACCUCCCAACCCCACCUGGGGAAAAGAAAGAUGUCAGUGGCACCAUGCCGGACUCCUACAGCCCUCAGUAUGUGGAGGCUGCCUGGUACCCUUGGUGGGAGCAGCAGGGCUUCUUCAAGCCGGAAUACGGGCGUCCUAAUGUGUCAGCACCAAAUCCCCGAGGGGUCUUCAUGAUGUGCAUCCCACCCCCCAACGUGACAGGCUCCCUGCACCUGGGUCAUGCGCUCACCAACGCCAUCCAGGACUCCCUGACUCGAUGGCACCGCAUGCGUGGGGAGACCACCCUGUGGAACCCAGGCUGUGACCAUGCGGGCAUUGCCACCCAAGUGGUGGUGGAGAAGAAACUAUGGCGAGAGCGGGGGCUGAACCGGCACCAACUGGGCAGAGAGGCCUUUCUUCAGGAGGUCUGGAAGUGGAAGGAGGAGAAGGGCGACCGGAUUUACCACCAGCUAAAGAAGCUUGGCAGCUCCUUGGACUGGGAUCGAGCCUGUUUCACCAUGGACCCAAAAUUGUCAACAGCUGUGACUGAAGCCUUUGUCCGGCUUCAUGAAGAAGGUGUCAUCUACCGCAGUACCCGCCUGGUUAAUUGGUCCUGCACACUCAACUCCGCCAUCUCUGACAUUGAGGUCGAUAAAAAAGAGCUAACGGGCCGAACCCUACUCUCAGUACCUGGUUACAAGGAGAAAGUGGAGUUUGGGGUCCUUGUGUCCUUUGCCUAUAAGGUGGAAGGUUCAGACCACAACGAGGAGGUGGUGGUGGCAACAACUCGGAUUGAGACCAUGCUGGGAGACGUGGCUGUGGCUGUGCACCCCAAUGAUCCCAGAUAUAAGCAUCUGAAGGGGAAGAGCCUGAUCCACCCGUUCCUGUCUCGGAGCCUCCCCAUUGUUUUCGAUGAGUUUGUGGACAUGGAGUUUGGCACAGGUGCUGUGAAGAUCACCCCUGCACAUGACCAGAAUGACUAUGAGGUCGGCCAGCGGCAUGGGCUGGAAGCCAUCAGCAUCAUGGACUCCCGUGGGGCCCUCGUAAACGUGCCCCCACCUUUCCUGAACAUGCCCAGGUUUGAGGCCAGGAAGGCAGUGCUGGCAGCCCUGAAAGAGCAGGGACUGUUUCGUGGCGUUGAGGACAACCCCAUGGUGGUGCCGCUUUGCAACCGUUCCAAGGAUGUGGUGGAGCCUCUGCUAAGGCCGCAGUGGUACGUGCGUUGUGGGGAGAUGGCCCAGGCUGCCAGCGCUGCUGUGACCCGGGGCGACCUCCGUAUCCUGCCUGAAGCCCAUCAACGGACAUGGCAUUCCUGGAUGGACAACAUCCGGGACUGGUGCAUCUCCCGGCAGCUGUGGUGGGGCCAUCGCAUUCCAGCCUACUUUGUUACUGUUGAUGAUCCCACAGUGCCCCCUGGGGAGGACCCUGAUGGGCGAUACUGGGUGAGUGGACGCAGUGAGGCAGAGGCGCGGGAGAAGGCAGCCAAAGAGUUUGGAGUAUCCCCCGACAAGAUCAGCCUCCAGCAAGAUGAGGAUGUAUUGGACACCUGGUUCUCUUCUGGCCUCUUCCCCUUCUCCAUCUUGGGCUGGCCCAAUCAGUCCGAAGACCUCAGUGUGUUCUACCCAGGGACACUGCUGGAAACAGGUCAUGAUAUCCUCUUCUUCUGGGUGGCCCGGAUGGUCAUGCUCGGCCUAAAGCUCACUGGCAGGCUGCCUUUCAGAGAGGUCUACCUGCAUGCUAUCGUGCGUGAUGCUCAUGGCAGGAAGAUGAGCAAGUCUCUAGGCAACGUCAUCGACCCCCUGGACGUCAUCCAUGGAGUCUCCUUGCAGGGCCUUCAUGACCAAUUACUGAAUAGCAACCUGGAUCCCAGUGAGGUGGAGAAAGCUAGAGAAGGGCAGAAAGCCGACUUCCCGGUAGGGAUUCCUGAGUGUGGCACUGAUGCCCUCCGCUUUGGACUCUGUGCCUAUACAUCUCAGGGGCGGGACAUCAACCUGGAUGUGAACCGGAUUCUGGGUUACCGCCACUUCUGCAACAAGCUCUGGAACGCCACCAAGUUUGCCCUCCGUGGCCUUGGGAAGGGUUUUGUGCCCUCACCCACCUCCAAGCCUGGAGGCCACGAGAGCCUGGUGGACCGCUGGAUCCGCAGCCGGCUGACCGAGGCUGUGCGGCUUAGCAAUGAAGGUUUCCAGGCCUAUGAUUUCCCAGCCAUCACCACUGCUCAGUACAGUUUUUGGCUCUAUGAGCUAUGCGACGUGUACUUGGAGUGCAUAAAGCCAGUACUGAAUGGAGCAGAUCAGGUGGCAGCUGAGAGCGCCCGCCAGACCCUCUACACCUGUCUGGACGUUGGCCUGCGGCUGCUCUCACCCUUCAUGCCCUUUGUGACGGAGGAGCUGUUCCAGAGGCUUCCCCGACGGACACCACAAGCUCCUGCUAGCCUUUGCAUUACCCCUUAUCCAGAGCCUGCAGAGUGCUCCUGGAAGGACACUGAAGCGGAAGCCUCCCUUGAACUCGCGCUAAGCAUCACUCGAGCCGUGCGCUCCCUACGUGCCGACUACAACCUGACCCGGAUCCGGCCCGACUGUUUCCUGGAAGUGGCUGAUGAGGCCACAGGUGCUGUGGCCUCCGCGGUGUCUGGAUAUGUGCAGGCGCUGGCCAGCGCGGGUGUGGUGGCUGUCCUGGCCUUGGGGGCCCCUGCACCCCAGGGCUGCGCCGUGGCUCUGGCCUCUGACCGCUGCUCCAUCCACCUGCAGCUGCAGGGACUAGUGGAUCCAGCCCGGGAACUGAGCAAACUGCAGGCCAAACGAAGUGAGGCGCAGAGGCAGGCCCAGCGUCUGCGGGAGCGCCGCACCGCCUCCGGCUACUCUGUCAAGGUUCCCCUCGAAGUCCAGGAGGCAGAUGACGCCAAGCUACAACAGACAGAGGCAGAGCUCAGGAAGGUGGAUGAGGCCAUCGCCCUAUUCCAGAAGAUGCUGUGACACACCCUGCUCCAACCCUCAGGCCCCAGUGGUCCACCAUUGGGAGGGCAGCAAUAAAAUAUUUUGC